GACCGUUGGCGGGGAGGUGAGAGGGCAAUCGGGGAAGGCCUCCUGGAGGCGGCUUCGGAAGGUCGGCGGCGGGAAAGUUGCAGGCGAGAGGUGGAUUUGGCGAGUGGCUUCUGGGGCGUUGCAUUCGCCCCCCUCCCCGCCUCCGCUCCCGGGAAUCCCGCUUCCCAAAGUCGUUGCCCAACCGAUCCCAACGCCGAGAGGAGCGGGUGGAGGGGCGACCCUCAGUGAGAGCGAAAAGAGACAGAGAAAGCAGAGACGAGACAGCGAGCUCCCCAGCUGCUCGGGUCUGGGGACAGAAGUGAGAUUGGAGAAAGUAGAGCGAUGCCAAGAAGGAAACAGCAGGCACCCAAACGGGCUGCAGGUUAUGUCCAAGAGGAAGAAUUGAAGGAGGAGGAGGACAUAAAAGAGGAGGAGGAAGAGGAUGAAGACGGCAAUUCAGUAGCUCAACUUCAGGGCGGCAAUGACACUGGAACGGAUGAGGAAGUAGAAACAGGCCCCGAGCAAAAAGGUAGCUUUAGCUACCAGAACUCUCCAGGCAGUCAUCUGUCUAAUCAAGAUGCAGAAAAUGAAUCUCUCUUGAGCGAUGCCAGUGACCAAGUGGCGGACAUUAAAAGCAACUGCUGUAAAGAUGCCCCGGAAAAGAAAACGAACGCCCACCCUAAACUUCAGAAGGAGGCGCACAAUUGCAUGGAUAAAAUGACUGCAGUCUAUGCCAACAUCCUAACAGACUCCUAUUGGACAGGCUUAGGGCUCGGUCUCAAGUUAUCUAACAGCGAACGGAGGAGCUGCGACAACCGCAAUGGAGGCAAUAAAAGUGACUUUGAUUGGCACCAGGAUGCUUUGUCAAAAAGCUUGCAACAGAGCCUACCUUCCAGACCCGUCUCCAAACCCAACCUUUUCAGUUCCGUCCAGUUGUACAGGCAGAGCAGCAAAAUGUGCGGAACGGUCUUCACGGGAGCCAGCCGGUUUCGGUGCAGACAGUGCAGUGCGGCGUACGACACCUUAGUCGAGUUAACAGUACACAUGAAUGAAACCGGUCACUACCAAGAUGACAACCGCAAAAAAGACAAGCACAGACCAACCAGCUACUCAAAGCCCCGAAAAAGGGCCUUUCAGGACAUGGACAAAGAAGAUGCACAAAAGGUCCUCAAAUGUAUGUUCUGUGGUGACUCCUUUGACUCCUUGCAAGAUCUGAGUGUCCACAUGAUCAAAACAAAGCAUUACCAAAAAGUGCCUUUGAAGGAGCCCGUACCAACCAUUUCUUCAAAAAUGGUCACUCCUGCAAAGAAACGCGUUUUUGACGUCAACCGACCUUGUUCCCCGGACUCUACCACCGGGUCUUUUGCCGAUACGUUUUCUCCUCAGAAAAAUGCCAACCUGCAGUUAUCCUCUAACAACCGCUAUGGCUACCAGAACGGGGCCAGCUAUACCUGGCAGUUUGAGGCCUGCAAAUCCCAGAUCCUGAAGUGCAUGGAGUGCGGGAGUUCCCAUGAUACCUUGCAGCAGCUCACCACUCACAUGAUGGUCACAGGUCACUUUCUGAAGGUCACCAGUUCUGCAUCCAAGAAGGGGAAACAGCUGGUGCUCGAUCCCCUGGCGGUAGAGAAAAUGCAAACGUUGUCAGAGCCUCCAGCCAGUGAGAUCCCCGUGCCCAAGCCAUCAAAUAACACAGGAUCAGACGGUGCAGUGUCUGCAGCGGAGCUAAAGAGUGAGAGCAGAAAAGAAAAACCAGAUGAAAUCAACAAAGACGAGAAAGUGGUCAAAAAUGAAGACUACGAGGACGCUCUUCAGAAACCGUUGGAUCCUACAAUGAAAUACCAGUAUCUUAGGGAGGAGGACUUAGAAGAUGGAUCCAAGGGAGGAGGGGACAUUUUAAAGUCAUUAGAGAACACGGUGACCACAGCCAUCAACAAAGCUCAGAACGGGGCUCCCAGUUGGAGCGCGUAUCCUAGCAUCCACGCAGCCUACCAGCUCUCCGAGGGGACAAAGCCCUCUCUGCCAUUGGGCUCGCAGGUUCUGCAGAUUAGACCAACGAUCACCAAUAAAUUGAGGCCCAUCGCUCCCAAGUGGAAGGUCAUGCCUCUUGUCUCUGUCCCUGCAAAUCUGGCCCAGGGCACCCAAGUUAAGAAGGAAUCAGAAGACAGAGACGAAGGCCCGAGGGAAUACACAAAGAGCAGUCCGCAACCUGAAGGUUCCUCCCUCAGCCAGAGUGAGGGAGAGUCACUCCCCAAGAGCGAGAGCCCUUCAGACUCCAAAAAGACAGAGUCACCUCCCUUGAAGGAGGAGGACAAAACAAAAGAAAACAGCGAGAAAGAAAAGCCAAAACUCAAGGAUCCGACGUCUUCUCUCAGCAACGGCUGUGCCGCCGCCAGCCAUCCCGGGGAACUGCCGGGCAUCAACCCCCUCAGCGCCCUGCAGUCUGUGUUGAAUAAUCACCUGGGCAAGGCCACUGAGCCUCUGCGUUCUCAGGCCAGUUCAAGCCCCAGCUCUAGCACAAUUUCUAUGUUUCACAAGCCAAACCUCAGCGUCAUAGAGAAGCCGGUUCUGUCUCCUGCCCCAUCGAGACCAGCGAGCGUGUCCAGGCAUUACCUGUUUGAAAGCAACGAUCAGCCCAUAGACCUGACCAAAUCCAAAAGCAAGAAAACAGAGUCUGCCCAAGCGCAGUCGUGUACGUCCCCGCCUCAGAAACACGCUCUGUCUGACAUCGCCGACAUGGUCAAAGUGCUUCCGAAAGCUACCACACCAAAACCUGCCACGUCUUCUAGGAUCUCUUCCGUGAAGCUGGAAAUGGACGUCAGGCGUUUUGAAGACGUCUCCACCGAAGUCUCCACGUUGCAUAAAAGAAAGGGCAGGCAGUCAAACUGGAAUCCUCAGCACCUUCUGAUUUUGCAAGCUCAGUUUGCCUCCAGCCUCUUUCAGACGUCCGAAGGUAAAUAUUUGUUAUCUGAUUUAGGCCCGCAGGAGCGCAUGCAGAUUUCUAAGUUUACCGGACUGUCUAUGACCACCAUUAGCCACUGGCUGGCAAAUGUCAAGUAUCAGCUUAGGAAAACUGGAGGGACUAAAUUUUUGAAAAACAUGGACAAGGGGCACCCUAUAUUCUAUUGCAGUGACUGUGCAUCUCAGUUUAGAACCCCAUCUACUUACAUCAGCCACUUAGAGUCCCACCUAGGUUUCCAAAUGAAAGACAUGAACAGGCUGGCAGUGGAACAGCAAACCAAGGUAGAGCAAGAAAUCUCCAGGGUAUCUGUUCAAAGAUCACCGGAAACAAUAGCUGGGGAAGAGGACACAGACUCUAAAUUCAAGUGUAAGUUGUGCUGUCGGACAUUUGCGAGCAAACACGCAGUAAAGCUUCAUCUAAGCAAAACACACAGCAAGUCACCCGAACACCAUUCACAGUUUGUAGCAGAGGUGGAUGAAGAAUAGACCUGAAGGACAAAUGCCUUAGUUUCAAGUUUCUCGUCUGAGCUUCUCACACUGAGCCGUUCUCCAUGUGUCAUCCCGCUCCGGACACUGAACUCCUGACAACCUGCCCCGAGAAGACUGCCAAAAAAACACCACCUAUUCUUCUUCAUCCUCACUAACAAUUUGGUAAUGAAGUAUCGAUUUCCACUUCUCAGCUUAUGGACGAUAUUAGAUUUUCAUUGAUAAACUGCACCGGGGCUGUCUCGUCUCCACUGUCCCCUUUCCGCUGUCACUAUAACAAAGUGCCACUGAAGAAAGAUAAUGACUGAAAACAUUGAUGUACUUAUUUCAUCAAUUUGUAACACUUGACAGCUUAAAAAAAAAGUAUAAUUCCUCAUAGUUUAAUGUCCAAGUGGGCUGCUCUCGAUGUAGUCACAUUGGAAGCUUACUUUUCAUGGUAAUGUCCAUUUCCUAUUUAUAACCCCUUUGGGAUAGUUUGUCUAAAGGAAAUGUUUCUAUUCAGUGCAGCUAUUACUGUUGCACCUGGGUUGCCCAAUCCAGCCUCUGCACUAGGGAACAAUACAUCACAGUAAGUAGGAGAAUUAUUAAGUUAAAACAGAUUCUGAGCCAAAAAACCUCUGAACAAUGUUAAUCUUCUGAGCAAGUUGUUCAGCUAUCCAUGUUUAACCAUCUGGCUGCCACACAUUUCCAUCAGUUUUGCUGGAGGUUUUUUGUUGGUGUUUUUUUGGUUACUUGAUUCCUCACAAAAAUUCAAAAUCAUGCAGCCUUUUGGUUAGAGGACUGCGAAAUGGAGGAAUCUUGAAACAAAUAUUAUGCACACAUUUUCAGACCCCAAAAUGUGAAAGGAUGACCUCUUCAAAGAUUGAACACUAAACUAAUCCUGUAGGAUCUGUAUUUAUAGUCUGCAAAUCGCAGAUUAGCUUUAUAUUCAACGGAAAGCACAAAAUCGGGUGUCCAUUUUAAAUGUGUUCCUACAACUUUUUUCAUUAAAACUUUGAGGCCCCAAUUUUAAUUUGUGGAAUAUUCACGUUAAUAAUGAGAUCUAAUUAAGACAUCCAUUAAAAGCCCGUUAAAGUUAAUUUAACGUAAAAAUUCCAAUAGAACUGUAUUAGAUUUUCUCCAUUAAAUUAACGUUAUGGAUUUUUAACGGAUGUCUUAAUUAUACGUUAUUAUUAACGGGAAUACUGUAUUACACAGAUUAAAAUCAGGUCCUAAGUCAACUGAGAAAAGCUUACUGGGGGUUUCAAUACUAAAAAUCUUCCAUACCUAGUGCACUGUUUGGAAAAUCAGGAAUAGAUCUUUUUGCUAUAGCAGAGCCUUUCCCGUAUAGCUGAAGCCACCUAGAAUAGAUAAAUCCAUCAUUGCUUUUAAAGAAUGAAUUUCCUUAUUCUCAAAGGAUAAAUAAGUCUGGAUCAAGUUAUAAACCGUUACUCUGUUACAGAUGAAAUAUUCAAACUAUGUGAGGCACAGAACUGGGAACUGAAAGAUUCAGAAAUGAGACGUUCUUUGUUUUAAUUACCCAGGAUAGUAUCAAAGCCCAUUGCCCACAGAAUGAAACCAAAAGAUUCCAUUCUCUUUUUCUAGUAGAGGUAGUAAUGCAUUGGAAUUGUUUUGGAAAUUUUGACAUGAUCCCUAAACUCAAAAUAAAAAAAAAGUCUUCUUAUUUACCUCCUAGGGAAAGUGUUGCCCUUAUGCCACAUAUAAUAGCAAAUUGCUUUUUUUAUGGCAUGCAUAACCUAGAUGGGAAAAAAUAUGGCGCUUCAGGGAAGGAGGGAAAAAGUAAAUGAAGUUCCAGGAAUGUCAUUCUGAAGUAAUGAGGCAUGGACAGAAAAUAUACCCCUCACAUCAUCGGAUUGAGAUGGCAGUCGAAAUAGCUUCAUUGAAGUGUCAGCACUCAUCCAUCAAUCAAUCAUCCACAAGGAAAAAUAGCAACACUCCAACGGGGCGGCUUUUAUGGGAUUUACUCAUGGGCAUAGGGAAUAGCAGCUCAAAUGUAGUUCUGACAUGAAAAGCAAGGUGCUGAUAUUAUUUUUUAUGAUGGGAGGAUCAUAAAGUGAAUUGAGAACAGCGAGGUCUGUCUUUGCUUAACCUAUUCAACUGGAAAUGAACGGAGCUCAACUGGAAAUGAACAGAGUCUUGAGAUGGGUUAAGAUUGAAGUGCAAACUGUGCUGAGCACUGUCCAUUGACAACAAAAUUCUAUUAAAGAAAAGUCAAUGCAUUAGCACUGGGUCUCGCUAAGCUGUUAAAUUGCACACUCCAAUCCAAGGUUAUUAAAUGAAGUUAUGUAAUACAGACCCCGUAGCAUGAAUCCUAAAGUAAUACUUAUCUACAAUUCCACUUCAAGGAAACGGUGCAUUUCCAAAAUGCGAGAGAUGAUUUUCAAUCUCUAAAAAAAAAUCAUAUUUACACUUUCCUGAUGUUAUUUCUUUGGGGAGAAGUAGGGAAAUUUGCUGAGACUACUAAAUCACCAGUGAGUACACCAACAGAUGCCAGGAGGCCUGCUUCUUCUUUUGAGCAUCAAGGUUUAGGCUAGAGCCAUUAGUUAAUCACACAUCCAUUUUAUUCACGUGAGAUAAAGCUAACACUACCUUAGUCAGUCUUUGGGCUGUCUAGCAGUGUUAACCACAAACUCAUAGAUUCAUUUUUUUUUUUCCCGAAGAGAGGGUAUUUAUAAUGUUUUAUGCCCUGAGCGAUGCCUAGCUGUUUGGAGAGCGUGGCACAGCGAAUCUAAUUUAAAUGAUGCUCAAACACCAACGAGAAUGCCUCGAGUCUUUGAGUUGAACAUUAGUAUUUCUUUUGGCUAGGGAUCUUCCUCUUUCCCAGAUCUCCAUAUUUGACUUUCUAAUGGCAUCAUGAUCACCUGACCAUGUGUGUGAAUCCCUAACUGUUCACUGAAGUGAAGGUGUAUGUAGGUAGAUGCCAUUUUGUAGAAUGGUUAAUGAAAUAUUGAUGCAUUGCAGGGUGCUCUGGAUCGAAUGGGUACAACAGAAAAAUGAGAAAAGUAGCUCAAAAACAGAGUCUGAUUUACUCACGAAAACUAGGCCAGCCCAUGAGGUGGACUAGCUACUUUGGAUAGGAUUUACCUACUAGAGAGUAUUCAUGCUUGAAGGGGAACCUAUUUGAACUUUUUUGAUUCUCCCUCAGGAAUAGUCCACUUGUUUCUUUAAUAAGAUUUUUAGGGAAAGUAAAGUUGUCUUUACUUGUGACACUCAAAGAACAAAUAGAUCAUACAAAUUGGAUCAUACCCUAAAAGCUGCUCAUAAUUAUGGCAUAAACUGGACAGCAUGGGAAGUCAUUUGCGACUUUUAAAGUCUCAAAGUUUUAAAAAUGCACCACUAAGAUGGGUGUGCUGACUGAUUUGCAUAUACAGAAAUUAGUCAUUUUGGGCAAGAACUGAAAUAUUUAUCCAAAACAGGCAAUUACUAGCUGCUGUUCAGUUCACACUAAAACAUGGGGGGAUUUUAUUCAUUCAUACAGAUAGACAAAUGAAUUCAUUGAGUUUAUGCUAUGGAAGCUGAAACUUUAGCCCUUAAGAUAUACAAUGAUGUCCUACUUUUAGCUUUAAACCCCAAGAUCACAUCUUGAAAGAUGUUGAGUUUGAUUACUAGACAUCGAUAACGUUCAUCACACCUCUCUCUGGAGUCUUCCCUCUUUUUCCUCAUUUUGUAUGCUUGUAAACUUUGUAUAUUUUAUUUAAAACCAAAAAGAAAAUCAUUUCAACAUAGUUCCCAAUACUAAAAAUAACUGAGCAGAAAUAAAGGGUCUGAUUCUAAGAUGGAAAAUGCUGAGUUUAAAAAGACCCCCCCCCGCAAUCAUAACCAUACUGUUGAUUAAAUUUGUGCUAAGUAACAUUAAAAAUGGCAUAUAUUCAUCCCCCAUGCGUUGGAGGUAAGAAAAUCAAAAAUGAACUUUAAAGGUGAAUUUCAUGCUAAAAAGGUUAGCGAGAUGCUAUAAUGCUAAUUUCAUUUGCUCAAUACCAAACUGGGGCACUCUCAAAUACCCGUGAAAUGUUUUUUGGCAAGGCUUGAUAUGAAAAAAGUGAAACAAAUUAUAAUCAAGGCAGGGAGAAUUUUUACGUUCUAAGAAAAUUAGGAAGGUUCUCAGAUAAUCUCCAGGAGAAUUGUAAGUUUUGGGUUUUUGGUUUUUUUUUUACUUUUCCCCAAGUUAAAAACAAAUUCUAAAAUGAGACCUUGUUGCUAUUAUUUCCUGUGAUAUGGUGUUUGCCAUCUUUAUCAAUAAGCUAUAUCAGUGCACAAGCAGAAUCUUCCUUUACUUGUGUUCCCAUUUAAAUUGAGCAGAAUGGGUAUACCUUCAUAAAACUGCUCACGGGCAAAGUUAUACAGAACUAAAGAGAAAAUAGAUAUUGUGAAUUAAGACGUCACUAUUUUAAAAUGCCUGAAUAAGAUGCUACAGAUAUCAUCGCAUUUCCUCUAAUAUAUCUAGUGUGAAUAGUUGUUCCAAGAGCUUGUAGUUGAAGAAAUUUCUGACUGUCACCGCCAUAUUCUCUAACCCAUAGGUCCUUAGAUGAAAACCUAUACAAAAUGGCCCAUAGGAGAAAACAGAUUAAAUGUCCAAAAUAUCCACAUUCACAUUGUUUUGAUUUGCAUUUACACCAUCAAUGUAUCUAACUGUGUAAACCCGUUUCUGUAAAGUGCAAACAAUAUUUCUUUUGAGAUGAAUUCCCUGAAGAAAUUGCCAGAAUCUGACAAAUUUAUUCCUUUUUUUAAUCUUGAAGAAAAAAAAAAGGGAAUUGUGAUGUGAUGUGACGACUGAAUUAUCAAGAAACAGAAAUCCACGCUUGGGUGUCAUCCCCAAGUGAAGAGCUGUAUUUAUAGUACUUAAACAGCCAUUCAAUUAUAUCUCAGAUGUGAAAGACUUGUACGGCAAUAUUUUCACUCACUAAAUGGUCCGUGUAACAUUCAGGAAGUGUAUUCAUAUGUAUGUGUGUACAUAUACGUAUACAUAUGCACCCCACCACACACACACAUACAUAUAGAAGUCCAGUAGUUCUGAGGAGAAAGUUAAAGCUGUGUGCAUUCUGCAUUGAAUUAAAACAGCAGAACUCUCCAAGGGUGGAGAUGCAAUAUUUUGCCUUUAUAAUGCAGCAAAUGCUGGAAUGUGCAAUAUAGGUUGCAAAAGCCGACAAGGUAAACAGUUCUUAUUUGGCUCAGGGUAAUAACUAUCAUACCUCUGGCCUAAUAUUCCAGAGAGCAACAUUUAUUAAACCCUUCCUUGUUUUCCUAAUAUAUCUCGACUAUGCCAUCUUAACCAUGAAGUUUCCAUGUCCUAUUUGAAGAUAAAAGAGGUUUGUUGAUCACCUGGUUACUUUAAUAGUCAUUCAACCCUUGCUGUGCACAACGUUUGUGGUAUUUAGUAAAUUUGGUAUCCACCAGCUCUUCUGACAUACUUGACCUUUGGUGUUAGUGGUAGAUAUUCUUUUUCCCUUCAAGAAAAAAAAGUAGAGGGAGAUGUGGGAAAUACCUGUAUCCUUGAUCAGAAGGAAAGUAUAUCUAUUUCAACUAGGAACUACAAACCCAGUUUUUAUAUUAUCCAAGUAAAUCCGAGUUCUUUCAAAGAGAAAUUGCAGCAACCUUAUCUGUAGAAUGUCUCGGUGCAUACGCACUAAUUUUGUAACACAUGCAUGCUGUAUAUAAUGCAUUUGCUUGUACACUAGAAGGAAAAGCCAAGCUGUUUCCUUGUGUAUACUGCAGCUUGAAUAGAUGGAAAGUUAAGCCUUUGAUGCAUUUUUAUACUGUAUAUAAUUGUAUAUAUUAACUCAAUUGCCAUGUUAUGAACAUAGAUUUUGUUAUAUUUGCCCGUUUCUGUUUCCUACAAAACUGGUCCACAAUGGGAAUUUUUUCUUUCCUUUGGUAUAGAAAAAUAUGCUUGCAACUUUUUUCUUGGUCAUCAUCUUUCAAUAGUUUUGGAAGAAGUAGAUUUGGGUUUACAGAGGAAUUAUGAAAAACAAGUCUGUCUAUUUGCAUGAGCCCUACCCAAUUGCUGGAUAUAGGAAAAGAAUUGUUCUAAUUCUGAAUUUUUUUUUAAAGGCAUGCUUAACCCCUUGGGAAAACUGAAAACUCAUACAUGUAAAAUUAUUCUCUUUGUAUUUUAUCUAAUAGUGCCUGAAUUUUUUUUAAAUGUCUUCUUAGAGGAACAAUUCAUAAUUGUCAAAAUUUGAAACAUUAGCUUAAUUUUGUUUUUAUGACCUCGCAAUUCUUUUCCUUAUUUAUUUUGUUGCUGUUAUAAUGGGCCCCCAGGCCAUUUCUGACAUUGGAGCGUUCUUCUUCUGCAUUAAGGAUGUUUUUAAAAUUACAAAGAUUAUUGAGCCAACAGGCUGUUUUAAUCAAAACCAUGUUUCACUUGUUUUUGAUGAUUAUGAAUGGUCCUUCCAAUAAAAAAAAAAAGUUUCUCCUAGGAGGAUUAUACCACCCAGUGGCCAAAAAGAUUCAUCACAGCUCUGUAUCUGAACACUUCUCUCAUCUCUUCUUUCAGUUUCGUGCUGUUAUCCUCUCCUUCCUUGACACCCAGCCUUCUCCUCAGAUGUUUGUAUUACCAAGGUUCUCAAAGAUGGCCACUAUUUCCAUUGCUUUUCCUCAAAGAAUUGUCAAAGCAAAAUCCUCAAAUUGUGAUAACGACAUUUACCUUGGUUAUGAACAUUUCCGGAGUUCGUAUUAGGGGGUAGAUCUACCUCUGUUGUUUUGGCUUCCUCAAACGAGUUCUAAACAAACAGGACUGAGUAUCCUCUUUCAUUUAAGUCUGAUCAGAACAUGCAUUUAUCUGAGGCCUUUUCUGAUAUAAAGAGGUGGUAUUGGGAUGCACUCAAUAAGAUGUAUGCUGUAUGUUGGGGACAGCACAGACAUUAUCUGUAGAAGGAGAGGUUUCGUUGUUUUGUUGUUUUGGUUUUUUUUUAUUUGCCACUGGAAAUAAAUUUUGAAGGUGGAAAUGGAAUAAAAACCUUAAAUUAUAUCUCAGAGAACAUUAUUUUUUACAUCAGAGAUAGUUUUUUUUAAAUAAAGUCAUUCUAGUUUUAGAACUGUAACUAAAACCUAAAUAAUAGAUCCUACUUCUUUAGCUGUUAUUAAGAAGAAAACCUGCUAAUAUAAUCCUGAGCUCCUCAUUUCCAUCAAAAAGGUUUAUCUAUGUGUGCUAUUUACAUUUUUAAACACGAUCAUGUUUUCCUUUGUGGCAGAAAAUGUCUUCAUACUGCAUUUAUUGGAAAUAGACUGUUCACAUCUGAAACCUUAUCGUAAUUUGCAUCAGGAAACCCAACUGUCGACAUUAAGGACUUGGGUGUGUUCAAUUAUGAUUUUGCUGGAGGCUGUCCCUCAAUUUAAUGCUGCAGUCAUUGAACUACCUUUCUGAAAUCUAGCUGAUACGGUGUACCAUAGACAUGCCUCACAACAUCAUUAGCUUUGCAAAUGGCUUCAUUUCAGUCAAUGCAGUCGUCAGUUUUGGCCAAUUGUAAAAUGGAAAUAAAAAAAAACAGAUGCACUUAAAACAUGAAAAGAAUUAUUUAUAUGAUAAAAAAUAUAUUUAGAUUUUCAAAGCACAAAACUGAAUAGAAGUGCUCUUUUUAUGCUUUCUGAAGAUGUUACUGUUAAAAGUCUUUCUACAUCAGGCUUAAUAAAUCUGUAAUGACAUUUGAUGGAUU